UCUCCCUCUACCUGACCGUAUGACGGCUACCCUGCACAGGUGGGCGUCCUACUCUCUACCACCAUGCUGGACUGGGUCUGGAGCCUAGAACACAUUGUCUUCAGCCUCACCGCUCUCAUUCUCACGUUUGUUUACAUCAACAGGGGCUGGGAGGAGCUCCUCAGGAUCCUGGUUAUUGGACUCAAACAACUGCCGGGGGUGGAGGAGGUUCUCAGGUAUGUGCUCAGACAGCAGGUCAAGGACUUUGUUCAGAACUCGACGUUGAGGAAGAGUGAUGGAUCCGCGCCUAAAGUUCUCGUACCAAAGACAGGAAUCCCCACCGAUAAAUUGAGGGAGGAACUAAAGGAUCUUAAGGGGCGAGAGACUGACCCCGAGGAGGGGAAGAUCUUUGCCUAUGUCUACACACAAGAGGGGGACCACUUUGACAUCCAGACCGAGGCUUUUGCAAAAUUCCAAGAGAAGCUGGGGUACUCCGUGGACCAUGACUGUAUCGUGAAGGAGUUCCACCACGCCUUCCUUCACGAGAACGCCCUUAACCCCAUGGUCUUCCCCAGUCUCAGAAAGAUGGAAACAGAGAUUGUAAGCAUGACAGCCGGUAUGUUGCAUGGAAGUGAUGAAUGCGUCGGAUUUUUAACUUCCGGUGGGACUGAAAGCAAUCUGAUGGCCGUAAAGGCCUAUCUGAACCGCGCCAAGAAAAUGUACCCCACCAUCAAAAACCCAGAAAUCAUCGCACCUAUCACGAUACACCCGACCAUAGACAAGGCGGCAGACUACUUUGGUCUGACUGUAAUUCACACGCCAGUGGACGAGGGGUUCCGAGCGGACGUUGAGGCUAUAAAAAAGGCCAUCACCCCGAACACUAUCCUACUGUGCGCCUCUGCCCCUCAGUUCUGUCACGGCAUUAUCGAUCCUAUCGAGGAAAUUUCUCACCUCGCCCUGAAGGUCGGACUUCCCCUACACGUGGACGGGUGCUUCGGGGGAUACAUGUUGCCAUGGGUUGAGAAGCUGGGGUAUGAUAUUCCGUCUUUUGACUUCCGAAAUCCCGGUGUGACCUCAAUGUCAGCUGAUGUACAUAAAUAUGGAUACGGGGUCAAGGGCUCUAGUGUAAUUCUAUACAAGAACAACGACUACCGCCGUCACCAGGUGUACACUUACGCCAGGUGGCCCGGGGGCCUGUAUGGCUCACCUAGCAUGGCCGGAACGAGACCAGGUGGUAACAUCGCGGCCUCAUGGGUGGCUAUAAGAGCUCUGGGUGAGGACGGGUACAUGAAGCGGGCCAAGGAACUAAUGGACGCCACGGAUCGACUCAAGGAGGGUGUCCGUCAAAUCGAGGGGCUGAAGAUUCUGGGCACGCCUCACAUGACGUGCUUCGCCAUCGGUGCGGCGGAUCCAGAGGUUGACAUACAAGCUGUGGCGGACGUCAUGGACGGGAAAGGAUGGAAGAUGGAACGAAAUCAGACACCGAACUCUCUACACCUGUCCAUCCUACCGUCACAUAUACCCGUGGUAGAUGACCUCCUGACUGACCUCAAGGCCGCCACAGAGAGGGUCAAGGGGGACGUAACUCUCUCAAAGAAUGGGACAGCCGGAGUGUACGGAAUGAUUGCCACAAUUCCGGAUAAGUCCAUCGUCGACGAUUUCCUAGUAGAAUUUUUCUGCCAGGUGUACUCCUAGCUGAUUGGCCGGACCGGAAGAGAACAUUUUCUGUUCCGGAAGUGUGAUCUCUGAUGUUGACUAUUUUUACAGAAAUACUCCAAAUGAUAGUUUGUUAUGGAUUAUUAAAUUUUCAAAACAUAAA